CGCAGCAGCAGCAGCACCGCCACCCUCCCCUCACACCACUGCCUGCCACCGUUUCUGCGAUCCAGCGCUCUCUCUCGCCGGCUCCGCCGCUCCUUUCCUCACUGGUCGUCCCUCUCUGUGAGCGAUCGUGCCAUUGAUACCCACUUUACAGCGUGUCUGUGGUGGAAAGUCAGCCUCUCUCUCUCUUUCUAAGUCCCUUACUCUCCCCUCGUCCUACUCUCCGGUUGCGCUGUGGCAAACUAACAAACCAGAGGAGGUGUUAACUACUUCUUUUUUCUUUUUCUUUUUUUUUUUCUUUUUUUCUGUCUCUUUUCCCUCCACCCCACCUCUCCAAAAAAACGCGUCUCAACGUUAUCUCUCGGUUGCGGCUGCGUGUUCGUCCAGAAAGGGCCGGUGCCGCACCGAUGAUACUCCCAACUCCGCAGAAAAGUUUUCGGUUUGUUUAGAGGAUAAUAAAAAAAAGAAGAAGAAGGGGGGAGGGAGAAGAAAACACCGGAAAGGAAGCAGCCGUCUUCAGUAGAAGCGGAUUCUCGCCACGGAGAGGGAGUUCCUCCUUUGAUGUCGGAUGGUAGUCGGCGAAGCUUUGAAGCUCAACCAGAGCAGCUCACUGCACUACUCGAUGCUGUGUGAGAUGCUGACUGCCAGAAGAUGAUGAACCAGCUUUGACGAUCCACAGAUGUCCUCCUUUUUCGGACCAUUUGACUUCAACAUCACAUCCAGCACCUGUAAGCGAGGGAAGAUUUUACCUGCUCUUGCUCUGGAAGACAACCUCCAUCUUGUCUACUGUUAGUGUACAAAACUGACUGGUCCAGACACACGCAGUGGCAUUUACCUGAAUGAUCUGAGCCAAAUCAUUCCCUUGUGAAUUUGGCUGCUGAAACAGUAGAUGAUUUGAGUUUCUUAAAAGAUUUUCUCCAAAGACAAAAUCAUUUCAGUCAACAUCCUAGACCUAUCAGACCCAUUGCAAGGGCUACUGAGUAUUGUCUUCGGCUUCCCUAAGGAGGAAUCCUUUCCUCCUCCUCCUAAAAUCCUUACAACGUCCUUCGACCGCCCAGACAUGGACCUCCACCGGGCAGCCUUCAAGAUGGAGAGCUCCUCCUAUCUGCCAAACCCUCUUGCUUCUCCAGCCCUCAUGGUGUUGGCCUCUACUGCUGAAGCUUCCCGUGACGCUUCGAUUCCGUGCCAGCAGCCUCGCCCCUUUGGCGUCCCGGUCUCUGUCGAAAAGGAUGUCCAUUUGCCAUUCAACAAUGGUUCGUACACCUUUGCGUCAAUGUAUCACCGCCAAGGCGCGGUCCCGCCAGGAUUUCCCAACAGGGACUUUCCUCCGUCCCUCCUCCACCUUCAUCAUCAGUUCGCCCCGCCCAACCUGGACUGCUCGCCCAUCAGCAUGCUGAACCACAGCGGUGUGGGCGCCUUCAGGCCUUUUGCCUCGCCUCCGGAAGAUCGGGACGGGGCACCGGGCGGUUAUCAAUCUGCGUUCACCCCGGCGAAGCGCCUCAAGGGCUGCCUGGAUGCGGAGGCUUCACCCCACCUGCGUUACUCUGAUGCCGAGGGGAAAGAAUAUGACUUUGGCGGCACCCAGAUCCCUCCAGGAGGCUCGCCCAGCAGCGCCUUGAAAGCAGUUGAGGACAGCGGGAAAAAGAUCUUCGCCGUGUCCGGCCUCCUGUCAGACCGAGAGACUUCCUCCAGCCCAGAGGACCGCAUUGAACGCUGUAAAAAGAAGAUGUCUCUAUAUGACAGCCAGGCUCCCGUUUGUCCAAUUUGCCAAGUGUUGCUGAGGCCCGGAGAGCUACAGGAGCACAUGGAAACCGAAAUAGAGAGGCUAGCCACAAUCUGCCUCAGUAAGAACCCCUCGUCCAAGGAUGGCGUAGCCACUCCGGGAACUCCCAAGUCGAUGCUUUUGUCAGUGCACAUCAAGAGAGAGGGAGAGUCUCCGGUGGUGUCACCCCUGUCAUCUGAAGAUGCCCACCACUCCGACAGAUAUCAGACAUUUUUACGAGUUCGGGCAAACAGGCAAACGAGAUUGAAUGCUCGUAUAGGCAAGAUGAAGAGGAGGAAGCCUGAGGAGGGGGGGCAGGUAUGUCCGCUGUGCAGCGCCCCAUUGGCUGGGAGCGAGGAGGAGAUGAGUAGACAUGUGGAACAAUGCCUGAUCCAGCGCGAGGGGGCUCUGGCCGACGAAGACUCCGCAGACAUGGACGGCGAGAACGGGCGGGGCUUCGACGAGUACGAAUGGGCGGGGCAGAAAAGGAUCAGAGCUACGGCCUUACUGGAGGGAGGCUUCAGAGGAACUGGAUUCGCCACAUGCAGUAUCAAGGAGAGCGCGGCGGACAGCGACGCCGACCUCGACGUGGACGGAGACGACACGUUGGAGUACGGGAAGGCACAGUACACCGAGGCCGACAUCAUCCCCUGCUCCGGAGCCGGGGAGGACCAAGGAGAAGCCCGGGAGAGGGAGGCGCUACGAGGAGCUGUGCUCAACGGCGGGAUGCCUUCCAACAGAAUAACGCCCGAGUUCUCCAAGUGGGCAAACGAUGAGAUGCCUUCAACGAGCAACGGGGAGAGCAGCAAGACAGACCCCAGCACUCCUUCAUCAUCAUCCUCUUCCUCCUCAAAUGCUCCACGUACCUGUAAAAACAGCGAGAUCGAAAAGGUGACAGAGGAAGAAUCAACAGCUACCACUAUGGAGGCUCUGAAGGCCCGAAUCCGAGAGUUGGAGAAGCAGAUCCUUCGGGGAGACCGGUACAAGUGUCUCAUCUGCAUGAGAAAGCCUGCUCUCAAGCCAGGCGCAGAGAUCAAGAGCAUAGGGGUGUGGUCGGGGUCCCAGCCACUGGCCAACGAGGUUGGAGAGAGGCAACCUAAGUCCCUCCCCCUCGGCCUGUACUGCCUGUACAGGGGCCUUGUGAUUGGGGGCUACGGCAGCAGCAUAAAGAGGCUCCUCCCACAACCCCUACGGAGGGACUCGUACACGAUGCCUCUGACGUCCAUCCAGUGCUGGCACGUCCAUUGUGAAGAGUGCUGGCUCAGGACUCUGGGGAACAAGAAGCUGUGCCCGCAGUGCAAUACCAUCACCUCACCUGGAGACCUGAGGCGCGUCUACUUGUAAAGAGCACAACAGCUGCCUCUUUCAUUUCCUUCACCAUGGAUUCUGCCGUUUGCCCCAUUUGUCACCCUUAGCUUUCUCCUGUGGACUGUUCGCCCCCAAACCUCCGAGAGCAUUUAGAGACAAGACAGCAGUCUUUGAGACUCCACUGGCUCUUUCGGGAGGCUGACACUCUGUUGAAGAAGUGACGCAUAGACACUCUCGUUGACUGUCCGGUCGUCCAUAUGCAGAAAGAAAAGAAAAUAUGGUGACCCGAAGUCCCAGAUGUUUAACAAAUAGGUUCCACUGAAGGACUUUUGUCAGUGGAGAGCCCUUACCCCACCCAUUAAAAAUAAAAAGUCCUGCUGACUCCUGGUAGCUUCACGCUGCUGGGGAUGAACUCCU